GCCGUUUUUCUAUUCGACUUUGAGGUUUCUUCUCCUUCAUUACUUCUCCUUCACUCCUCACAAGCUCUCGUUCUCCAGUUUAAUUUGCACCUUCCUUCUCUGUUCUACAACGUUCGCUUUGCUAGCCCUCUCUGACAACUUUGACCGUCACUUCACUCCUGCAAAAUUCUCUUAGAGACUCCUACAGCACCAAAAAUGAAGUUCUCCAUCAUCGCCGUUCUCGCUCUUGCGAACACCAUUGUGGCUGCCAACCCGAUUGAGGCCCGUGCCCUCAGUGUAGUUGACACGGUUCACCAGCUUUCCGGCCAGGUCCGCGGGUUCACAGCUACCAUGAACAGCACAAUCGCCUCGAUCAAUUCGAAGUCCACUUUGGUCCAGAAUAGCACUGCUCAGGCGUCAGUCAACGCCCAGACCAACAAGAUCAUCGCUGCCAUCAAAACGGCUAAUGCCACAGCUGCCACCGUUAGGGCUCGUGAUAAAGGAACUCUGCCACAGGCUAGCCAGAUGCAAAUUACCAACAACGUCACCCAGAUCGUAUUCGAGAUACAGGGUACCUACGGUGGAGUUUGCAGCCAUUUGGGAGACGAUGAGUAGAUACUCCGAAGACAGGCGUGAGUUCCUACUUGAGGAGUAAUAUGCGAGAUACAGCUUACGGCCAUGGGCUGUUGCUCAGUAUCUUCGAUGUCCUGAACCAGCUUCUCCAAGGUCUAGAGGGACUUGUUGUUGGCAUUGUCGGCCUUGUUGGCGGUGUUAUCUACGGUGUGUUUGGUGCUGUCGGCGGUGUUCUUGGGCUGUUGUUUCAAAUUCUUUUUGGUUGGGGCGCUGCCCAACCGUCUGGUUCUGGCUGGUAAUUGACCAAGUGCC